AAUGUCACGAAAUAAGAAUAUUUUUAAUAUAAAUUUAUCAAAACAUAAUAAAGAAUCACUGAUUUAAUUUUCACAUUUUAUAGUAUAUAAAGCAUAUGAUUGUCUCUAUUAAAAAUAUUAUUUCUGCGUAUCUUCAACAUGGACGCGCCCAUGAAAAGUUGCAUUGAAAGAUUUUUUGAAGAUUCUGACAAUUCUGCGCCCAAAGCACUGUGCAAAGAAUUAGUUGGAGGAAAUGUUACAUUAACUGAUAUCAUAGAGAAUUUAGGAGAUUAUUUAACCAACAAAGAACAUACAGUCAGAGCAAGAGCAACGAGGUUGAUCGCUGACAUUUUACAUGAACUGCCUGUUAAAUUUCUCAAUCUUAAACAAGUGACCUUGUUAUCAACAUUUCUUUGUGAGAAAUUAAAAGACCAUCAUUCCCUACAGCCUCAGGCUUUGUAUGGUCUAGAGGCCCUGAGUAAGACCGAAGUGAUAUCAGGUGAGAUUAUAGAAACAGUGUGUUGUACAAUAUUCAAGGAGGUACAUACCCAAUCACUGGCUCAAGCUGGCAGGAAGUCUGUAUACAACAUUCUCCUACACUUUCUUACACAUCAUCUACAAGAUGUACAGAAGCUCGGGACAGACUUUGUGUAUGGUUACAUGCAAGCCAUUGACUCAGAGCAAGACCCUAGAAAUCUUAUCUUGGCAUUUACCUGUGCUACUAUUGUUGUACAGAACUUUCCUCUAGGGGUGUUUGUAGAGGAAAUGUUUGAAGUCAUCUCUUGCUAUUUUCCCAUAGACUUUACUCCUCCAGCCAGUGAUCCUAGUGGUAUAACGCAGCAAGAUUUGAUUCUAGGUUUACGUAGAUGUCUUGCUGCCACGCCUAAAUUUGCCGAGCAUUGUCUCCCUUUGUUGAUGGAGAAACUUACCUCUGAUUUGAAGAGUGCAAAAAUUGAUGCCCUACAAACAUUGGCUGUGUGUGCAGAAACAUAUGGUGCUGAAAAGUUGCAUGAAUUCCAGAGCUCAUUCUUUAACUGUAUAAAGAAAGAGGUAUUUCUGUCAGGAGAUUCUGCAGUAGAAGAUGCAGGUCUCAUAGCUCUACAGGCCAUUGUGAAGUCAAUCUCUACUGGUGUUACACAGAGUGACAGAAAGAAAGGUCUAGAUGGAUACGUAGAUGAAAUUCUUGCAGAAUGUAAGAAUCAUCUACUACAGCCAGAAUUGAUGUUAAUGUUAUCUGCUGGACGUCUGCUACAGGCCGCAGCUCUAGGAUCUCAACCAGCUUGUGAUCAUAUUGUUAAAGUUACCACACCAUUGUUGAUAGAGUCAUUCAAUAAACAAAGCCAGGCCACACCUAGACACAAUGUGAUUCUUGUGUUAAAUAAUUUUCUAGAUUGUACAACCAAGUUCAAGUUUGGUGAUAAUAAUCCUAUCCUUGCCACAUAUAAAGAUUCUGUAUUAACAAUAUACAAUCAGUGUCUAUCAGAGAAUGUGAGCUCUGUACAGCUGCUAGCUAUAAAAGGUAUACAUACCCUGGUCUCCCUGCCUACAGGGUGUCUGUUAGAUACAGAGAGGUCUUUCAUUACAGCCAAACUUGUCAACAAAGCCAUAGAAACAAAUAUUGAGGAUCAUGUAAGGCACGAGUGUAAUUCCACUUUGUUGUAUUUGUUAACUACAUAUCCAGAUGUUGUGCAGAAAGAUGUUUUCCCAUUCCUGUUCGCUAAAUUACAAAACGAAGCAAUGGAGACAGGAGAUAACUGUGGUGUAGAUAGGAGAGUGAUAUUAGAAGUUAUCUCCGAGAUAACUUGUGGUUCUGAAAGUAUAAAACUGGUCACUGGUGUACUCUACAAGUUGUUAAUGAAUGCAGAAUAUUUGGACCUAUAUCAGUCACUGUCUAAGUGCCUAUCUGCUAUAUCUGCCAAUAAUGUGAGUGACACAGGGGCCAUAGAGAGUUUAUCAUCAGGUGUAGAGCAGGUACAUACCCUUGUUGUCACCAGGUGUCGCUGUCCCAAGAUGUACCGUAUAUUAACAGAAGAAUCUACAUUGAAACAUCUCUCAGCAUUUCUACGUAUAGUGAUAUCACAUUUAGAUCCAUCGAUAGCUGUUAUUCUGCAAGGAAAAUACACAGAAACAUUCCUGAAUGGAUGUAAAACCAGUAUAUGUCAGUGUUGUACUGAACAAGACAGGGGAAUGUUCAAAUCUCACAUGCAAGAGUUUUCUCCCUUUAAUGCCAGCUGUGAUAGUGUGUUUGUAUGUUUACUUACUGCAGUGAUAGGAUCAGGCCAAGGAAAGUUUCAGAAGGAUAUACCUGGUAUUGAGACAAUUAAGGACAGAUUAACGGAGAUGGUACUUGAACCUUCACACUCCCAGGAUGAUGUACAUGUGUGUAAAUGUCUAGCAGCGUUACUCAACAAACAGCAACAAGAUGAAUCUCUAGAUGCAAGGGUUACUUCCCUUUAUGAACGACUAUUGACCUCUCUGACCUCUAGUGAUGAUAAAGGUGAAGGUCAUACUCUAACAGCGUUGUCAUGGGUUACCAAAGCUUUAGUAUUGAGAGGUCACAAAUUAGCUCAACAGUUUAUAAACUUACUUAUUCAGUUGCUAGGCAACAGUAAAUAUGGAAAGAAAGCUGCAGAAGGUUUUGCUGUAAUUAUGCAAGAUUAUGCAGAUGUGAUGUCAAAGGUCAUGCAUGCUAAUAUUAGGUUAAUGUACAGACAAAGGUUCUUCAUUGAGCACCUGCCCAGUAUUCUAGAGGGGUACCAGUCAGCACAGCCAGAAACUAAGGCGAAUUACCUGAAAGCAGUGUCAUACAUGAUAAGAGAUUUGAGUAAAACUGUUCUUCUCCCUGAGAUUACAAAGAUUUAUCCUUUGUUGAUACAAUCUCUGCACUGUGAUGACCUUGACCUUCAAUUGGUAACCAUGGAAACAUUGAGUGACCUCAUUUCCAGUGCACCUGAUGUCAUAGAGAAACAAAUUGACUCAUUACUGCCACAGGUCCUCAAAAUGACAACAUAUAAACCUUCCAUGAAAGUGAGAAUAUCAGCUAUAAAAUGUAUAUCAUCAUUGACAAGUUUACGACUGACCGUACUUCUGCCGUACCGUAAAAAAGUUGUGCGUGCCCUGUUACCAGUCUUAGAUGAUAAGAAACGAAAAGUUAGAAUGGAAGCUGUCACUGCCAGACAACAGUGGAUUUUGGUGGAUAUGAAAGAAAAUGUUUGAAUAAAAACCUCACCAUUUGUGUGCAGAUUUGUAAAGCUGUGUACGCAAUUACAGGAAUUUAUAGCACAUUGUGAAAUAACCGAAUAAUACUUGCAAAAAAACCUGAUGGUUUAUAUGAAGCCAGGAGAAGAUUAAUUGUUGCUAUUGGUGCUGUAUAACAAAAAUGUUUGUCAGUCAAUUAUUAAUUUAAUAUUGUUUUGCUAGAGACCUGAUAGUUUAUAUCAUAUGGUGAUAUUUACUUGUUGAAUACAUGAAACACAUGGUGUUGUGGGAAUUACAUAGGAAACCAUGCAAAAAUUGCAAAAUUAAAUUUUAACACCACACAACCUCUGCUGUCCAUUUUCAUUGACAUAAGAAAUUGAAAUUUAGAUAUACCAUAUGUGAUAGAGCUUUAAAAUCAUAAGGGGUUUUUGUAGUUAAGGUUAUUGACUUCAAUUUACUUGCCAAGUAAAGUUGUUGGUUUGAAUCCCCUUUGAAGACUUGGAAUUUUUUUCAUUUGAGAGGGCUAUCUAGGCAGGAAGGUGUACAAUUACAAAUAUAAAUUACUUGCCCCUUAAAGCUGCUAAUUUAUAACCCUGUGUGUGAUGUUGAUUAAUUUAUAUCUAAAUAAUAUGAUGGAAUAUGGUUAUACAGAAUAUGCUUUUGGGUGGAUUUACAAUGUAUGUACUUUCUGGGCAUUAAGUCUUUCCGGCCCAGUGGUUUAGGUCAUUGACUUUAAACCAUUUGCCCCUCAACCCCUGUGGAUUCGAAUCCCAAAAUGGACUUUGGAUUUUUUCCUGUUGGUAAGCUAUUCAACUAGCUUACAGAUUGUCAUCAAAGGUGCUAUAUGAUACAUACUGUGUUGGUACGAUGUGCAACUCAUAAAAAAAAAGAACACAAAAAGUCUCAACCAUUUUAGCUGCAGUCGGGUAAAUAUUCUGAGAUGACUUCUUUGCUUUGAUAUUUACCAUGUGUAUAUAUAUAUGGAUAACUUCUGUUCAUUGACCAAAUGAAUGUAUUGACCUCAUUUAUCUAUUGUUGUCUAUAUAUUAUAUACUUAUUCUUGAAGGUCAUCUUUAUUCAAAUUUAAAAAUGUAUAGUGCAAAAAACAUUGUUUCAGAGACCAUGUUUUAGCAAAAGUUAUUUUUCCUUUUCCAUAAAGCCUGUUCAAUUUCCACCAUUUAGAUAAAGCUUAAGGUGAGCUCAAGUCAUUUAAUAAUUUCUACUAAUAAUUUAUGGCAAUUUUUGUCCAUUUCCACUAGUUACAUAUGUAGCUAAAUGCAUUUUUCUGUUUUGUUUCCAGAAGUUAGCAAAGAUAGUGAGAUAAAGACAUUUUUCCAUUUUCGCCAGUUAGCAAAAGCAGUUUUUUUUUCCAUUUCCUUACACUUGUUAUUUAUGUACCAUUGUGACUGUAGGCGUAGCGCUAUUCUUUUAAUCCCUGAUAACAAAAUGCAAAAAGUACUUAAUGCAGUUUUUUUUGCAUUUUUCAUCUUGAAUUAUAUUUUGAUGUAUAUAUUAUUUGGCAAUCAAUUAAGAUUCAUCUUAAAAAAGUAGUCUAUGAUUGCAUCUUACCUGUUCAUUUAAAACAGAUUAGGAACAGAUUAAUAUUUGAUCAAGAUGAACUUGUAAUGUAGUUACUGUUAUAUCAGAUAUUAACAGACUGGUUAUCUAAUUAUAACAACUAUAUGUCGAAUUCUUUUAUCUACAUUAGACAUUUUUUGCCACAUUGUUUUCACACCAGGAUAUAUUUUGACAUGAAUAAUGUAUUUAGCAUGCUGAUAAUUUCCUGCAAUGAUUACUGAUACUUCCUAUUUACUAUUAUGUAAUGUCUGCUCAAAUAUACUGCCCUACAAAAACUUCUGUCACACUAGCUUUUAAUGUAAAAUUAAAAUAUAUUUCUUUGACACAUUUAUUAGACAUUUCUUGUUGAAUGACAAAUUGUGUUGGUACACUUAAAAGUGAUUGGUCCAUAAUGGAAGGUCUGUAAUACAAUAAAUAAUAAUGUUGAUAGAAUUUAGUAUCAAACAUAUUAAACAACAAAUCAAGAACAAAUUAUAAAUGAAUAUUGUUGGCAAGUCUGACAUACUAUUAUAUUUAUAUAUAGCAGAUAAUAAAAUGUUCUAGAACAAAAUAUAAUUAUCUAUCUGAUAAAUGUUUAUUGUAAAUCUUUAAAAACUUUAAUCAUUUUUUUUCAUUCAAGCAAAUUACCCAAAUGAUACAUUGCUGUUGUUUUUAUCCAUAUUUGAAAUACUUGUACUUUUGGAUAAUGUGUCCAUUUAGACCAGUCCACUUUGAUUGAUCCACAUGAACAUUGGUUUGUGGAAAAACACUUUAACAUCUGAAAGUAUAUAUACACGUAUAUAUACAAUACUUUUUCUUGAUAUCUAUAUUUGAACUUAUUCACUGUAUUUGUUUGUGUAAAUUUUCUUUAUGGAUAUCUUAGUUAAAGUUUUUUUAAGGAUCUUUUACCGGCUUGUGGAUUUGAUUGUUAUAAUUUGUUAGUUACAUAAUUAUAAAUAGUGAAUUAAAGUGGUUGAUACUACAGUGGAAAGUGGUAGAACAAACUUUUGAUGGGUAGUAUAUUUGAUAUAAUCUCCAGCACUGGCAGGAUUUCCUGCAAAUUUCGCAGAAAACUGUUAAAAUAUUGUGCAGAUCUAUAACAUUCCUGUGCAGGCAAGUUUGUGAAAUAAGUUGUGUAGGUUGAUUUACCAUUUUAUUGCAGUCUGACUCAGGUUGGUGUUUGAAAAUAUUGCAUAAUCUUGCCACUCAGUUCAGGUUAUUUUCUUAGUAAUAAUGGAGAUUUACAACUUAGCAUGUUAAAGUCACUUGGUUUCGGUUCUGCAUGCAUAAAAUGUCCUUAGCUCAUCAUUUCUUAUAAUAACACUGGUGAAAGGUAUUCACUUUAAAUGUCGUUCUUUUUUCAAUCACUGGCCAAGGCUUGGAUAUCUAUUGGAUUACCCCCCCCCCCCCUUUGUACACUUAAAGAGUUAAAUUCAUCCUUAAGUUUUGCGUGCAUGCCCCAUCUUAACAAUCUCUGAAUAUUUGCUUUUAAGUCUUCACACAAGUCAUCAUAAGUGUAGGUAAUAGGCCAAUACCCAUAACUCUAGCAUUGAUUGUCAGUAAAUUAUGACCCUUGGUUUGCCUAUAGAAUUAUUGCUUGAUGUUUUACAUGCACAAGAAGUGGAACAAGCACAAGAUCUGGAAAGUGCUGAUCAUAUAACAUGUUAAAUAUCAAUUUGUUCCAGAAUCAUGUUUCAUGUUUUGAAAAUUGAUUUACUAAUCUGAAGGUCCGAAUGCUUAAGACAUUCUAUAUCAAUAUGUAAGUUUAUGGUAAUAUAUACGUCCCUGUAAACACGGCUUACAUUCAUAAUAUUCACUGCCAUGCUGUAUAUUAAGUUGUCUUAUAUUUGAUUGUGUUGUCUUCUUUUAUUUUCCCUCUUUGCUAGUCAGAUAUUUUAAAUGUAAGUUUCUGUAUACCAAACAUAAAAUUAUAUAUAUAUGUAUAUGUGAUACUGUUAAGAUUUUACCUAUAAAACUAGGACAUCUUUUGUAAGAGAAGUCACAUACAAUCCUUAUAUACAUGUAUUAUACCGAGCUAGAAAUUGAAUUGAAUGUUUUGCUGUGUGACAAAAAUAUUCAUUUUCUUUAGUUUGUCAUUGCUAUAUUAUAUCAAUUUAAAGUUGUCAUGUAUAUUAAAAGUGAAACUGAA